GAAAAUUAAAUAAAUAAAUAAACAAACGUGUGUAGAGAAAAAUGUUUCGUUCGUUUUAUCGUGCACAACAAAUAUCAACUUUAAGAAAAUCAGUAAAAUUAAUGAAGCUCAAUGAAGAAAAGUUCCAUACUACACCAAUUCGAACAGUAAAAAAAGCAGUUGAUGAUGAAUCUUUUCUUCUUCGGCGUAGCGAUUCUGACUUGUUUGGUGAUUUGGGUGGUCCUCAAGUACAAACGAAUGAGUUAGACGAUGAUGACAAAACUGAAGAAAGGCUUAACCAAAACUCUAUUAUUUGCGAGAAAAAAAUCGGAAUCCUUCCAUAUGCAGAUAUGAUGAAAAAUUAUAUAAAACAAAAAAAGAUACACGAGGCAUUAAGUGUACUUGAACAAAUAAUGUUAAAAGAGCAUCGUAUUGCCCCAACGAACUACAUUUACAACAUUUUAAUUGGUGGAUGUGCACAUUUAGGUUACGAUAAAAAAGCUUUUCAAUUGUUUGCAAACAUGAAACAAAGACAACUCAAAAUCACGGGAGCGACGUACACCAAUUUGUUCAAUGCAUGUGCAAACUCUCCAUUUCCUAAAACUGCAUUGCAGAAGGCUCUCAAUCUGCGAGAAACAUUGUUACUGAAAGGCAUAGCAUUGAAUGAAUCGAAUUACAAUUCCAUGAUAAAAGCAUUUGGACGAUGUGGUGACUUAGAGACAGCUUUCCGAUUAGUUGAUGAGAUGCAGACAAAAAAACUUGCAAUCCGUGUAGAAACAUAUAACUUUCUCCUGCAAGCCUGUGCCAGUGACCGUGAGUUGGGAUUUAGACAUGCUUUGGUCAUUUGGCACAAAAUGCAUAGAAGACGUAUGAAAUUUGACUAUUUUUCCUUCAAUUUGAUGCUCCGGUGUGUUCGAGAUUGUGGAUUAGGUAACGUUAAGAUAGCAGCACAUUUGCUUCGCGAGAUAGCCGAGCUAAGUGCUGUUUCAAAGAUAUCUCUCAAAAUUGAAACACGUCCCGUAGAAACUGAAAAAAAAAUAAUGCCUAAUAACUCAAAAGCAAUUGCCAAAGUAGAUUUUCCGAAUUUGUUAACUAAAUCUCCGCAAAUAGGGAACUUAAUAAGUAUCAAAGAAGUUACUAAUUCAGAAGAACGGAUGCUACUUCUGGGUGGUGUUACUGGUUUUCUCGCUGAAAUGGAUAAACAAAAUGUGAAUCCAGAUAUCAAGAUGUUUACACAACUCUUGGAUAUCAUUGCAUCAACAACUGAAACCGAAAACAAACUCUUACAAAUCAUCAAAGAACGAGAUAUUUCUUGUGAUAUUGAUUUUUUUAAUGUAUUGAUAAAAAAAAGAGCGUUCAGAAAUGAUUUCGAAGCUGCUAACCCUGUAUUGGAUAUGAUUAAAACGGCAGGCCUUAGACCCGAUAUCGUAACAUAUGGUGUAUUAUCGUUAGCUUGCAAGACAAAAGAAGAUGCACAAACUUUAAUAAAUGAUAUGGAGUACAAGUGCAUUCCCGUAAAUAUUGAAAUAUUAGGUGGCAUGUUGAAAAAAGCAAUUUUUUCGAAAGAUUUAUGUUAUAUAUCUUACAUUUUGAGACUCAUUGAUGAAAAUAACUUCAAACCUAAUCCAAUAUUAAUCAAAAACAUAUAUAAAAUAAAACAUGUAUGCUCAAAAAUAAUAAAAGAAAAAGAAGAUGGUUAUUCAACCCAACAAAAUGUCAUAAAGGAACAUAUGAAAAUUACAUCUGUACUUAACAAUUACAUGAAGCGAAUGAAUAUCAAAGGAUUAAGUUUAGAUGAGGCCAUAAAAAAAUAUCGUAUUCAUCCAUACAGUCAAUUUAAAGACCCAACUGAACUAGAAGGAUUCGAAGAAGAGAAGAACAAGAAUAGAAAAAACUGGAAAAAACCACGAGGGAGAAUAAAGAAAUCCGCUUAACAAUUUUGAAUUUUUAGUAUAUUUUUGUCUAUCUAUUAACACAAAAAAAAAAUGAAUAAAACUUUAUAUUUAAAAAUCAA